UUUAUUUCGGGCUCUGCGUUUCUGGCCAGGAAAAGGAAUCGAAAUGAAGUAUGUGAGUGCUCUAAGACAUACUGAGGUUUGUGCGUCGUCAGCGGCUGUAUCUUUUGGAGACCUGUCUGUUGUAUCUGUUUGAUUCAUACUCACUCUUGCGCUCCUCGCCGCUCGUUUUUUGCUGCAGAAUCCCACAGCUCACAAAAAAAUGGAAGCCGCAGAAUCAGCAUCUUCGCAAUUUCUGGACGACAAGCCAGUCCUGAAGACUUGGCAACUCCCACGCGCUUUCAAGUUGAAGGAGGAUGCCAUGCUGUUCACACGUUCGGAAUUCGACGCUGCGGUUGCCGCUGGAAGAGGUUUCGACGAGGUUUGGACGACAAGGGAAUCGGGCGGCUGUGAAAAAGAAAGCAAGCGGCUGUUUCUGAAAACCGACAGGGUUUGCGUUUUGCCGGAUGAUGACAGAGGGCCCGUCCAAUUUUUGAAGCGUGCGAGGAAGCGUCUCGACGAGGCACUGGUCUUGAAGGCAACGGAACUCGGGCCGGAGUUGAAAAAUCCGUCAUCGUCCGAAAAGUACUGCGACGCGCUACAGCGAUUUUCAGCGGAAGUCGUGUUGCGUCUGCGAAGUGAGGCAAGCAGAUGGAGAGACGCAUUGCAAGAGCAAUGUACGAAGGCAUACAAACCUGUAAGCAAGCACUUCGUCCUCGGCGAGGGACUAGGUGGCAUGUUUGGUAGCUACCGGCCAAGAUCAUGUGGCGCUUUUAUUGAGAAUCUCAAUACACAGGACAGAGUGAUGAAGCUUUUUGAUGUUGCUCCGAUCGCGGUCAAAAUUAUCCAUGGUUUCUCAGACGAAGUGAUCGCGGAGGGUCAGGAUUCUACUGCACUCCCGAGAGUCUUACUUCGGGCAGAUUAUGACGAGGAUAACGAACCGCCAACACCACUGGAUGAUGUUCCCGAUUUGGUACAUUCGUUGUGGGAUUGCAAAUGGCUGCGUGAAUUCGCCUCGAAGACACAUGGCAGGAGCUAUCACAAGAGGAGAUUCCAUCUUGGAUUCUGCUCUUUGCGCGGGCGGACGGCUACUGGGGUGACAGUCUGAAUACAUGUCAGUGUCGAAUAAGCGACACGCUCCGGAAAGUGUUCGUGAAGCGCAAGCAAUGGAAGCUCUGCCGACAGCUGGACACUGCCUGUGACGCCCAGUGGUUCUGCGAGGAAGCUCCGGAGCUCGGGGACUUGAAUGGGUUUAAAUUUAUGGACUUCCUCAAACUAAUAACGAAGAAGCGCGAAGAGAAUGGCUUGCCUCUUCCUUUCACCAAGGAGCACGCCAUUGAGUUUCGGCUAGUUUUCAAGGAGCAAGAAGGUUAAGGACCGAGCGACUCUGAGGAAGAGAACGACCUAGUGGGCGAAGCGCUAGACGGAUACGGCUUACAGGACUCGCAGGACGGGAAGGAUGUUUCCCACAACGAGGAAGCUUCCGAUCAUAGCGAGGAGGCUUCCGAUAGCGAGGAAGUUUCUGAUAGCGAAGAAGUCUCCGAUGAGGAACAGGAUGAUCUGUAGACGGGUCAUGGAGAAGAUCCCCCGAUGAUUGAACCCGAUGGGCGUUUUGUAAAGUAUGCGCGCAAAAAUAUGGAUCUCCCGUGCCCGAAUUUUUUUUCGUAUGAAAAACUGCAGCGCCACUGCUUGUCCACAAG